AAAAAAAACAUAUGUUUCUUUCUUUUGUUGUUGCAAGAUUAAGCUAAAUAUGAAAGCAUCAAAAUUGGGAAGCAUGACACGGGGUUAUAGUUCUAUAAAUUAUGCGGUUUUGUACACAAGUACUUCAUCAGAUAAAAUAAAGAGGAAAAAAGAAUCCAAGUCAAAUAAUUACAUUCGUCAUUUCAUUUACUUCUCUGUUCUCAUUGUGCGCCAUUGAUUUUGGAAAGGAAGGUGUCAAUCCAAGUAAAUACCAAAUAUGGAAGCUUCCAAGGGUCCCCAACAAAAACGUUUUACUGAAUCUAUUCUCUUCUCUAAUAAAAUAUUAAUCAAGUUUUGGACUUUGGUUAGCUUGGUCAACUUCUGUUGGCCAAAUUCUUCUUCUUUUUCACUAUUGGCUUUCACAGUACCAGAUCCAACGUUUUAUCACGGCUCCAUCUCCAUGGCUCUCAAACUCUGAAGCUAAGCGACUUUUCAAGCAAACCCAGAGGAGAAAACAGAGGGAAGAAGAUGGAGAAAAAGCUUUUAGAUGCGGCCAUGGAGGGAAACAUAACGAUGCUUAAAGAUUUAAUCCAAGAAGACCCACUUGUCCUUGAUAGAGCUUUAGCUUCCUGCGUCUCAGAGACCCCACUUCACAUAGCUUCAAUGUUAGGCCAUCUGGGUUUCGUCAAGGAGCUGCUGAGUCACAGGCCCGAGUUGGCCUCCGAGUUGGACUCGAGAGGCUCGACGCCUCUCCACCUGGCGGCAGCCAAAGGGCACGCGGAGAUUGUAAAGGAGCUAGCUUUGGUGGAUCCUGCUGCAUGCAUGGUGAGGAACGAAGAUGGGUGGACGGCGCUCCACGUGGCAGCCGUCAAGGGGCGUGUUAAGGUGCUGAGUGAGUUGGCCCGAGUCAGGAUUGAGUCGACUCGGGCGUUGACGGACCGAGGCGAGAUGGUGCUGCACUUGUGCGUUGGGCACAAUCGGUUGGAGGGGUUGAAGGCUUUGGCUGACGCUUUUGGAAAAGAUGAUGAGUUUCUGAAUUGGAAGGACUUCGAUGGGAACACCAUUUUGCAUAUUGCCGUGGCCAAGAAGCAAGUUGAGAUCAUCAAGUUCUUGCUUACCAGUACUGGAGUGAAUGUGAAUGCGUUGAAUGCCAACAGCUCCACGGCUUUGGACAUUCUGAUGCAGAGUCUUAGAGAUUUGAGGGAUAUGGAGAUUGAGGAUUCUCUUAGAAGUGUAGGGGCUAAAAGUGCAAAGGAUGUACAACCCAUCAUGCAUGACUGGGUUCGUGUUCCAACAAAAAAACACCAGAUAUCAAGACGUCUAGGCUCAGCAGCACUAUCUUCGAAAGAGGGUGAUCCUAUGAAACCAGCUGCACAGAAGAAGCCUAGCGAUUGGCUUGGCAGGAAGAGAAGUUCAUUGAUGGUGGUGGCAUCUCUCCUUGCAACUGUUGCCUUCCAAUCUGCUCUAACCCCGCCAGGAGGUGUUUGGCAGGAUGACCUGAAAGUAGAUGACAAAGGCAACCCUGUGGAUAAACCUCACUCCGUAGGAACAGCUGUCAUGGCAUAUAACCAGCCAAAAGGGUAUGGUCUGUUCAUGAUUUUUAACACAAUCGCUUUCCUCACGUCACUAAGCAUAAUUCUUCUGCUUGUUAGCGGGCUACCGAUAAAGCGUCGAAGGUGGGUUUGGAUACAAAUGGUCAUAAUGUGGGUUGCCAUCAGUACACUAGUAAUAACUUACUUCAUCUCUCUCCGUCAUAUGUCACCUGAUGACUCAAAUGUGAAAAAAAUGUUGCGCGAGGUAACGGAGAAAUCAGUUUUGACAUGGUUGUGUUUGAUGGUGGUUGUUUUUGUCGGCAAUUGUGUUCGUAUGAAUUUAUGGGUUCUCAGAAAGUACGGUUAUAUUAAGCCAAAAGAGGAAUCAGCCACCAUUGAUGAUGAACUUGAAGAGGAGGAGAACUGAGGAUUAAAGUGAAUGGGACUCUCACUAUUUUAUGACUUGGCGACACAGAACUUAUAAUUGCAAUUUUCUGGAUGUGAGUGUCAAGCUAGAAAGUUUUCGUCCACAGCCUUGUCAAGUAUGAGAUUGGACAUUUGAAGGUAAGUUUUUUAGCAGCACAUUUGGAUGAAGAUAUUGUAGUCAAGCACCUUCUUAUCUGAUUGUUUGGGUUUGAGGGUUAAACUCACCAUUCUUUUACAUCUCUAUUCCUCUGUUAAAGUCAUCGGUCCUCGUCUCUGAGAUGGCAAUGCUUUUAUGUGUAUGUGCUUUUAUCUUCUGUACUUGUAAAUUUUGAGAGAAAUAUACUUCGUUCUGAUUAAUGAAACUAUAGUCAUUGGCUCGGUUGAUGUGUGGUGGGUUUGCAACUUUGUCCUCGGAAGCAUAUAUCUUUUGAUGGUUGGGGUUUUGGCUAUCUUAUGGACUGUUUGAUUGGAAAGGAAACUUGUGUUUAGGAUGGAGGAUGUCAACAGGAUUUAGAUGUGCAACCCCUUUUCUUCUUCUUCCUUGUAAUAUUUUUCUGUUUAAUUGUUGAAGCACAUACUUAAACACCUGUUUAGGGAAUAUCUGCUUAAAAGCUCACAUUAUACAGCCAA